CCCGGCUCCUGCUCCUCCUGCUCCUGGCCCCGCCGUCGCCGCCCAAGAGCGGCAGAAGGCCGCCAAUUUGCUGUUCGCGGCGGGUGUGAGUGUGCCCGAGGGGCUCCUCCCUGCCCCUCGGGUCCUCACGCCCGCCCAGGUGCUGAGAAGGGAAGAGCUUCUCGCAGAGUUAGAGAAGAAGAGGAAGGCUGAGAGGCUCCUUCGGGGGCAGAAGAAGACUACUGGCAAGCAGGUCAGAGCUGCCAACGAGCAGCAUGAGGAAAUAAGUAGCGCCCAUGAGGGGUUAGUGCGGUCUCUGAAGGAGACUAUCAGCGAGUUGAAGACUCUAAGUCUUACUUAAUUUGAAGUAGACUUGUGUUUGUUUUCUCUUGUUUUAAGUUUAUUC